CCGGGGAACCGGCCGCGCGGCCAAUCUCUAUUCCAUAUGGUGUGAAGCCCUGGUGUUUGUCAAUACAAUUCCAUAAGAAAAAUGAAGUGUUAUCAUAUAUCCAGGAGCAAUGAUGUUGUCCUCUGGACAUGCACUGACCAAGGUGGCAGGUCUGAGGACAUAGCUGAAGCUGAAAACAGGAAAGCUGGGGGCAAGGAAGAGCCUUGAAUCUCGUGGUGGGCCGUUGACUCUAAGAUGUCCUUGAGCAGUGGAGCCUCCGGAGGGAAAGGAGUGGAUGCAAACCCGGUUGAGACGUACGACAGUGGGGAUGAAUGGGACAUUGGAGUAGGGAAUCUCAUCAUUGACCUGGACGCCGAUCUGGAAAAGGACCAGCAGAAACUGGAAAUGUCAGGCUCAAAGGAGGUGGGGAUACCAGCUCCCAAUGCUGUGGCCACACUACCAGACAACAUCAAGUUUGUGACCCCAGUGCCAGGUCCUCAAGGGAAGGAAGGCAAAUCAAAAUCCAAAAGGAAUAAGAGUGGCAAAGACACUAGCAAACCCACUCCAGGGACUUCCUUGUUCACUCCGAGUGAGGGGACAGCAAGCAAGAAAGAGGUGCAGGGCCGCUCAGGAGAUGGUGCCAAUGCAGGAGGCCUGGUUGCUGCCGUUGCUCCCAAGGGCUCAGAGAAGGCGGCUAAGGCCUCCCGCAGUGCCGCGGGCUCCAGGAAGGAGAAGGAGAACAGCUCAUCUAAGAGCAAGAAGGAGAGAAGCGAAGGAGUGGGUGCUUGUUCAGAAAAGGAUCCUGGGGUCCUCCAGCCAGUUGCCUUGGGAGGACGGGGUGGUCAGUAUGAUGCAAAUUCAGGGAUGGACACAGGAACUGUGGAGCCACUUGGGAGUAUAGCUAUUGAGCCUGGGGCAGCGCUCAAUCCUUUGGGAGCUAAGCCGGAGCCAGAGGAAGGGGAGAAUGAGUGUCGCCCGCUAAAGAAAGUCAAGUCCGAAAAGAUGGAGUCCCCUGUCUCCACACCAGCCGUGCUGCCAUUGCACCUUUUGGUGCCAGUGGUCAAUAAUGACAUCUCAUCUCCCUGUGAGCAGAUCAUGGUUCGUACCCGAUCAGUUGGGGUCAACACAUGUGAUGUGGCUCUAGCCACAGAACCUGAGUGCUUGGGCCCCUGUGAACCUGGAACCAGCGUCAACCUUGAAGGCAUCGUUUGGCAGGAAACUGAAGAUGGGAUGUUGGUGGUAAAUGUGACAUGGAGGAACAAGACAUAUGUAGGCACACUUCUUGACUGCACACGGCAUGAUUGGGCACCCCCAAGGUUCUGUGACUCCCCCACCAGUGACUUGGAAAUGCGCAACGGUCGAGGGAGAGGCAAGCGCGUGCGACCUAACAGUAACACACCUGUCAGUGAGACGGCCACAGCCUCGGACAGCAAAGGGACCAGCAGCAGCAGCAGCAAGACCCGAGCGGGAACCAACAGCAAAGGCCGCCGUGGCAGCCAGACUUCCUCGGAGCACCGGCCACCUGCCGGCAGCACCUCUGAGGAUGUCAAGGCCAGCCCUUCCUCGGCCAAUAAGCGGAAAAACAAGCCCCUUUCAGAUAUGGAGCUGAAUUCCAGCUCAGAGGACUCCAAGGGGAGCAAGCGUGUCCGCACAAAUUCCAUGGGCUCGGCCACUGGCCCCCUCCCUGGGACCAAGGUAGAAUCCACUCUUGUGGACAGAAAUUGUCCCUCCCCAGUUCUGAUUGACUGUCCCCACCCGAACUGCAACAAGAAGUACAAGCACAUCAAUGGACUGAAGUACCACCAAGCUCAUGCUCACACCGACGACGACAGCAAGCCGGAAGCUGAUGGGGACAGUGAGUACGGAGAGGAGCCGCCCCUCCACGCAGACCCCAGCAGCUGCAAUGGUGCGUCUGUCUCCCAGAAAGGGUCGUUGUCCCCUGCCCGCUCAGCUACCCCCAAAGCACGGCUUGCAGAGCCUCACAGUCCUUCCCCCUCAAGCAGGCUGAGCACAAAAGGGCUCUGUAAGAAGAAGUUGAGUGGGGAGGGGGACACCGACCUGGGAGCCUUAUCCAAUGAUGGCUCUGACGAUGGACCCUCAGUGACGGAUGAAACAAGCAAUGAUGCCUUUGACUCUGUGGAAAGGAAGAGUGUGGAAAAAGAAAAAUGUAAAAAGCCGUCCAACUUAAAACCUGAAAAGAUGGCUUCCAAGAGCUUAAAGUCGGCCCGGCCCAUUGCCCCUGCCAUCCCUCCUCAGCAAAUCUACACCUUCCAGACUGCCACCUUCACAGCAGCAAGCCCAGGUUCCUCCUCAGGCUUGACCACCACAGUGGUCCAAGCCAUGCCCAACAGCCCCCAACUGAAGCCUAUUCAGCCCAAGCCCACUGUUAUGGGAGAACCUUUCACUGUCAACCCUGCCUUGACCCCAGCCAAGGACAAGAAGAAGAAAGACAAAAAAAAGAAGGAAUCGUCAAAGGAACUUGAAAGUCCUCUGACCCCCGGGAAGGUAUGCCGAGCAGAGGAAGGUAAAAGCCCAUUCAGAGAAUCGUCAGGAGAUGGGAUAAAAAUGGAGGGGCUCCUGAAUGGCUCCUCAGACCCCCACCAAAGCCGACUAGCUAGCAUCAAGGCUGAAGCGGAUAAGAUCUACAGCUUUACGGACAAUGCCCCGAGCCCUUCGAUUGGAGGCAGCAGCCGCCUAGAAAACACUACCCCAACCCAGCCCCUGACUCCCCUCCACGUGGUGACCCAGAAUGGCGCGGAAGCCAGCUCCGUCAAAACCAACAGCCCAGCCUACUCUGACAUCUCUGACGCUGGGGAGGAUGGGGAGGGAAAGGGGGACAGUGUCAAAUCGAAGGACCCUGAGCAGUUGGUUAAAGAAGGAGCUAAGAAAACACUUUUCCCUCCUCGGCCCCAGAGCAAGGACUCCCCUUACUAUCAAGGCUUCGAGAGUUACUACUCUCCGAGUUACGCGCAGUCCAGCCCGGGGCCGCUCAACUCCAGCAGCCAGGGCGGCGGGGAGAGCCAGGCCCUGAAGCCGAAAAAGGACGAGGAGCCCGAGAGCGUCGAGGGCAAGGGGAAGGGUGAUGUCUGCGAGGAAAAGAAGCCCGAGCCGAGCAGCUCCAGCCAGCAGCCGUCCGUCAUCCAGCAGCGGCCCAACAUGUACAUGCAGUCGCUGUACUACAACCAGUACGCCUACGUGCCGCCCUACGGCUACAGCGACCAGAGCUACCACACGCACCUGCUGAGCACCAACACCGCCUACCGGCAGCAGUACGAGGAGCAGCAGAAACGGCAGAGCUUGGAGCCGCCGCGGGGCCUCGACAAGAAGGCCGACCUGGGCCUGAAGGAGCGGGAGGCCGCACUCAAGGAGGAGUGGAAACAAAAGCCGUCGGUCCCGCCCACCCUCACCAAGGCUCCCAGCCUGACUGACCUGGUGAAGGCCGGGCCUGGCAAGGCCAAGGAGCCGGGCGCCGAUCCUACCAAGUCAGUCAUCAUUCCCAAGUUAGAAGACUCAUCGAAACUCCCCAGCCAGGCGCCUGAGGGGCUUAAAGUGAAGCUGAGUGAUGCCAGCCACCUGGGCAAGGAGGCCUCCGAGGCUAAGGCAGGGACCGAGUGUGGCCGGCAGGCAGAGGUGGAUCCGAUACUCUGGUACCGACAGGAAGCAGAGCCCCGGAUGUGGACAUAUGUUUAUCCUGCCAAGUAUUCAGACAUCAAGUCAGAGGAUGAGCGGUGGAAAGAGGAGCGGGACCGCAAGUUGAAGGAGGAGAGGAGUCGGAGUAAGGACUCUGUCCCCAAGGAGGACGGGAAGGAAAGCACAAGUACUGACUGCAAGCUGCCCACAUCUGAAGAGUCCCGCCUCGGAAGCAAAGAGCCCCGACCAAGUGUCCAUGUGCCUGUGUCCUCCCCCCUCACCCAGCAUCAGUCCUACAUCCCCUACAUGCACGGCUACUCCUACAGCCAGUCCUAUGACCCCAACCACCCCAGCUACCGGGGCAUGCCUGCUGUGAUGAUGCAGAACUACCCAGGUUCGUACUUGCCUUCCAGCUACUCCUUCUCUCCGUAUGGCAGCAAGGUCUCAGGUGGUGAAGAUGUUGACAAGGCACGAGCCAGCCCCAGCGUUAGCUGCAAAUCCAGCUCCGAGUCCAAGGCCUUGGACAUCUUGCAGCAGCAUGCCAGUCACUACAAGAGCAAGUCUCCAACGAUAAGUGAUAAAAAUUCUCAGGAGCGAGAUCGGGGAGGCUGUGGGGUGGUCGGGGGUGGUAGCAGCUGUAGCAGUGUUGGAGGAACAGGCGGGGGCGAGCGGAGCGUCGACCGGCCCCGCACCUCCCCUUCCCAGCGCCUGAUGUCCACACACCACCACCACCACCACUUGGGCUACUCGCUACUCCCAGCACAGUACAGCCUGCCCUAUGCAGCAGGGCUCUCCUCUACAGCCAUUGUUGCCAGCCAGCAAGGCUCAACUCCCUCACUCUACCCACCGCCCAGGAGGUGAGAAUGAACACCAAGUGCCCGGAUAAAGUCAACUUGCUGGGCCAGAAUGGCUCACCCAAGGAGGUGCUGGAGGUGCCAUGUAGACAUCAGUUAAAUGGUGUUGGUCAUUCUGUUUGCCAUUCCUCCCGUGACUGAAGGCAGACGCUUGGCUGGCUCACCUCCAUCAGACCCGCGGACUCCCUAACUCUCCCUCUUCCUCAGGAGCUGGAGAGCUGGUACUUUGCAAAACUAUUUAUUCUCUCAGCCACAGUUAUGACUGUCGUGGCGUCUGUGGAGAUGAAGGCAUGGGGUGCAACCGGGGAACACGGCCUCAGCCCAGAGAAGUCACUGCUCUGUUCCCAAAGCCCCUGGUCUGCUGCCAAAGCAGUAUCCCCAAACUUAGAGGGACUCCAAGCACUGGGUAAGGUCUGAAGACAGCACAGCAGCCAUACCCCUCACUGUCAUUACCACCACCACCAGAGUCCACAUCUUCCCCAGUGGUUUGGGCCCUGGGAACUGGCAGCAUGUGGAGGAAUUAGAAUCUCAGGAAAGAAAUCGGGGGCUGUUUUCUCUAAUAGUGAAGACAAGGUCUUCAAACAGGGAGACUUCCCCUCUAACAUGAGCACAGAUAAAUGCUCAGAGCCUAACCUGGAGAGGAAGACCAAGGCGUUUGUUCCAGCAGGGCCUGGCCCUCCCUGUGAGGCAGAGGGCAGGGGCUCCACCCCCAGCACAGGCUCCCUGGGGACGCAGGGAGGAGCUGGAGCACGAGUGGAGUCUGUGAAUGGAAUCUGCCUCCUCACUAAGUCCUGCUGCUUCUCAUCUCCCCAUCCCUUGUCCUUUCUCUCUUCCCUCCUAACCCCUUGGUGCCUUUCCCGGGGGGGUCCUCUUACUGAUCUCACCUCUUUUCCACUGCUUGGCUCUUAAGACUUGGGCAGAGAAAGUAGAAUUCCUCCCAGCACAGGGGACCUUGUAGGGUAAUGCCCAGAAGGCAGGCCCUGAGAACAUCCAGCAGUUCUUGGUGAUGCCUUGUCCAUCCAGCCACCUGAAUAUCUUUCUCUCGUGUAGGCCAUAAAUGUACACAGCCCAGUUCUUCUCAAACUGUAACCUCCAUGUGUGCCAAUACGAGCUGUGAGUCUUUGUAACACACAGUUUUGUUUUGGGGCCACUGGCCAUUGGAGUUGAUUUGCUCCACAGACCUUUAAAAAAACAAAUCCAAGCAUUAUGCGCCUGAGCCACAGAGUGGGCUCCAUGUGGCUGCACUUUGAGACAGCAGACAUUGCUCGCUGUCCUGAGAAACCGCCUCUUUGGGUCUGUCUGAACUCCAGAGCUCUGUGCGCUGGGAACGUAGUAAUGAUUUGGUAGCUCUAUUGGCAUCACUUCCUUUCUAAGGUGUGGAUGCUUUACUUAGCUCUUUACUUUUGCAAGAUAUUAUCCCCGUUGUUCUCCUCCCCUCCUGUCUUUCUGUCCCCCUCUGGAUUACAAGAGAAAGAUCCACAAACACUAGCCUAGGCUAGAGGAAUGUUUGUGGCUAGAGUGCCCAAAGUGACAGUUUUAAGAGCAGGAAGGUGGCUUUGACUUCUUCUGGAGAAUGGGAAGGUAGGGGACACGAAGCACAAUGCCCCGUUAAGGUGCUUUCCAGGAACCCUAGAGCCCUGUAUAUAGAGAGGCUUGGGGUCAUUUGCCCAAGAGGAGUGAGUCCCUCUGACCUACAGACCUUUUUCUAGGUUCCCAUGACCUUGUUUUUGUUAAAAGUUGGGUUCUGGGCACUCACUCAAACCCCAUGCUUUAGACCAGUUGGCAGGACCCCAAGCAGCCUCUCUGACCACCAUCACUCCUGGUGCCUGCUGCCCAGUGCUUUAAGCAAUGAGGUCUUUUAAUCUGUGGAAGUAGAUGUUGGGGAUACUUCCCAGCCUAGCCCAAGUCCCCCUGCUAAGAGGGUGACUGAGUGUCAGCCUGACUAUGUCCUCCUAGCCCCGGAGCAGUGCCCAUCUCUGUUCCUGUUUGUUUUCAGUAUUGUGUUUGUGUCUGUGGCGCUGGCCCGCAGCGUGCUCUGUACAUACUGUAAAGAAACCAACAGAGCAAAUUUCCUUUCCACCGGGCAGGCAUGGGCUGCAUUCCUGCCCCUUCCACCUCAUCUGUGACACAGGAGGAGCCUCCAUAUUUGCAGGACAGCCUUAGGUUCUUCAAAGGGAACAACUUUUUAUAUAUAUUUUCCCCCCUUAAAAUACUUUGAGCUCUUUGAUCCUUCUAAGUCCCCCUUGAAGAGUAGGGGAAAGCACUGACAGAGUGAAUGAUGCUGCCUUCUCGGCCCUGAUAUUCCGGGUCCCCAUCCUUAGCAAGCCCAGGCUUCCCUCCCCAAAGCAGCACAACUCAGCAACGGCCUUGGCAAUCCUUGCCAAGUGCCGAGUGGAAGAUCUGUUGUCCAUCCCCAGCUUGUCUCAAGAACACAGAGGGGGCCAUGACCUUGUCACAGGAACAGGGUACUCACAGAGGGUUCCCAGAUCAGCACACCAAGCCUCUCCCUGGGCCCAGCCUACCCAGGCCUCGCCCUCAUGUCAACGCUGUGAGCCCCUGUGGAGGAGGAGUCAGAGAACGAGGACCUCACCCAGCUUGACUGCUGCUGCUUACAACUCACACUCGCUUCCUCCUCACGAUGUGCCAGUUCCCCUCACCUCCUCCCUGCCUUAUACACUCUGAAGGUUGUAAUUCGUCUAUCCUGCUCCCUCCAUACAUCUCAAGGUCAAAGACCCACACACGAAAGGGUAAGAGGGCACCUUAUACAGUGAAAUUGUCAUUGCUUGAACCUUUGCUCCCGGCUGCAGGGUGGGGCGGUAGGAUUGAGGUUAGGAGUGGCUUAGACUACAGCAGGGCCAGAGACCUGCACAGGCGUCGAGGCCCGCGUGUCGCUCACACCCUUAUCCCCUGUCAGCAUCCCACUGUGUGCAUUGAUGCCCCAGGAUUCACCUGGGCAGCUAGCUGGCCCUGUAAUCUGGGCCUUUGUCAUUUAUUACUAGGGCAUCCCAGGAAACUUGCCAGUGAUCCCCUGCCAUGGGCCCCUCCUGGGAUUAAGCCCCUCCCAGGCCUUGUCCCCAGCCCCUCCUGCCCCAGCCCACCCGCUUGCCUUGGUGCUCAGCCCUCCCAACUGGGAGCAGGUUGGGGCAAGCUGGAGGCCCGGGCUGGAGGGGCAGUGUUGCUGUUCAUAGCUUUUGUUCCAUUGGCGUUGCUCUGUUGGAUUUUAUUUCAGUCUUCCUGGUUCUUCCCUUCUGUAAAGUGUACAUUUCCAAGUUCCUUGUUUUUUUAUAUAUAUAUAUAAAUAUAUAUAUAUACAAACUGUACUCUUUUUGCCUUUGUACAUUCAGGCAAGAAGAGAAAAUAAAUCUUUUUAAGAGACAAUCACAAAUCUGUGAGGGCUGCUGGUUAUUUCUCCUUGGAGUUUGCUGCUGAGCUGCCACCUCCCAACUUUCCUGUUCUCCCUCAGCUUCCCCUCUCCCCCUGCACCUCUUGUCCUGCUCCAUAUGCAUCUUCAGCUCCACCUGCCCUGGCUGACAGCAAGCUGUUGAAUCUCGUAUGCAGACUACCUGUCUGGAACCUUUUCCUGCCCAGCAAUGUUUUCUGGCUGGGCCACUGGCCUCCUCUCUCUACCCUUCAACCCCAUUCACCAAAGUGGCUUUAGGCCCCUGGGUUCCCUAAGACUUAAUCUGGAAGCCCUGGCUUUGGACAUUCACCUCUGAGACUAUGCAGCUGGGAGGAGCUGUAUGCCAAGGAGCUUGCACUACUUAAACCUGCCUGGGAGUCAGGAUGGAUGGUCUUUAGGAACAAGUGGAAAACUACACCCUGAACACUUCACCCCACACCCCCCCCAACCCAUCCCAGCUUCAAAGUGUGCUAAUCCAGAGCCCAGAGAAUCAUUCCUAUGGUUACCCUAAGGGAACAAGGGCUAAGGGCUAUGGGUCAAGAGUAUCGGAUCAGAAUUUCAAAGGGUGGGACCUUCUGAAACAGCCCAACCAAACCAUUGUUCAGCCUUUCUCCUUUACCUUCCUCCUCCCCUUUGUCUCUACUUCCUCUUAAUUGGCUUUGGAAUUGAAGUAUAUUUUUUAAAUUAUUUGUUGUAUUUAUUGAAUAAAGUUUUUAAUGUCCCUGUUCUUAAA